GUACUCACUACUCGGUACCAUUUGAACUGUCACAAAGUAUUAGUGACAACUUAAUUAGAGAAUUUAUAUAUUCGUAUUCCAGAAAAUGGAUCACAAACUUUCCUUUCUUAAUACCUUGCUUUGCCUCUUGUUCCUAAGCCCUAAUCUUAUGUUCUGUCAGCUUGAUUUUAAAUUCUAUGAUUCAACUUGUCCCAACCUGACCAAGAUCGUUCAGUCUGGAGUUUGGUCAGCUAUUGCAAAUGAUACUAGAAUUGCGGCCUCACUUUUGAGGCUUCACUUCCAUGAUUGCUUUGUUAAUGGAUGUGAUGCAUCAUUGCUACUUGAUGAUACCAGCGGUUUUAAAGGGGAGAAAAAUGCUGCACCCAACAAAAAUUCAGCCAGAGGUUUUGAGGUGAUUGACACAAUCAAGUCAAAGGUGGAGGAAGCUUGCCCAUCCACUGUUUCUUGCACUGACAUAAUCACUCUUGUAUCAAGAGCAGCCGUUUAUUUUAGUGGAGGGCCAUAUUGGCCAGUACCCUUGGGUCGUAGAGAUGGCACAACAGCAAGUGAAGAUGCUGCUAAUAAACAAUUGCCAUCACCCUUUGAGCCCUUGGAAAACAUCACUGCAAAGUUCACAGCCAAAGGCCUUGACUUAAAGGAUGUAGUUGUGCUCUCAGGUGCACAUACAAUUGGGUUUGCUCAAUGCUUCACUUUCAAGACUAGACUCUUCAACUUUGAUGACUCUGGCAAACCUGACCCAACACUGGACACUUCACGUUUACAAAACCUGCAAAGCGUGUGCCCUAAUCAAGCCGACUCCGAUACCAAUCUGGUUCCCUUUGAUCCAGUCACUUCAGCCAAGUUUGACAACAUCUACUACAAAACCCUAGUCAACAAUUCUGGACUUCUCCAAUCAGACCAAGUGCUUAUGGGGGAUAAUAGAACUGCUUCCAUGGUUCUUAGCUACAGCAAGUUUCCAUUUCUAUUUAACAACGACUUUGGAGCAUCGAUGGUGAAGAUGGCCAAUCUUGGUGUACUCACAGGAAGCAAUGGAGAAAUCAGGAAGAAUUGUAGGGUGGUGAAUAAGAAGUAGGGUAUACUGCAUUAUUGAUGUUAGUGUGUUUGUAUUAAAUGUAUGAUGUUGAAAAUGUCAUAAACUUAUGUUUAGGAGUUUCUAGUGAGAAUCCUAUGGCUUAUGUA